UGCUCUUCCUCUGGGCCAGUUAUUUGUGAUGGCUCUUUCCCCUUGUUAUCUGAAAAUGCAGUGCUGAAGUCUGAUUAGCCUUAAUAUAUACAUCUUUAUAUUUUAAGGAAAAAAAGAGUGUUUAUUAAAAUUAUUUCAUUAUGGUAACUCUCUGAACAUACAGUCUGUACAAUUGUACAUUGAAGUAUUUUCUGUGAUUUCCAGAAUCAGUGCUGCAUCAAUUUAAUUUUGUUUCACUGUAGUAUUAUAUCAAGGUGUUAUGCAUUGUUUUAAAUGUAGUACUGCUGUGUAUAAAUUCAAAGGAAAUUUUGGUUGUAUGAUUAAUCCCUAACAUAAUGUUUCUUGAACCCUGCUAGUCCCCAUUAUUUGCCAAAAAUUUAAGUCCCCCAUCAGGAAAGAUUUUACUCUGUCAUUGGCUCGUAAGAAUCUAAGACUAGAGAUCUCUUUUUCAGAUCACGUACUAUUGAUUCUACAUUAGUACAUGUAGUAUUUGUGAAACUCUCUCAAAAGGUAAAACUGGGUAACAUUUUGGGAAUGGAGAAAGUAUAUGCAUAUACGUCUUUGACUCUUUGCACCUUUGCUCACGAGUUGAACGUAAUUUUGAGAGGAAACUAUUUUUUCCAUUGACCUGGUACAUGCAAUGUGUUGCAAUCUUGAAUAAUUUUUUUCCUGGACUUUUUAUAGAAGGGUCUAAAUUUGAACAAAAGAUGAGGUGAAGAGGAGAGACUAAGUGACCCUGUAUUAAGAACUAGUGAGUGUAGUGACUAUUGAGAAAGAGUUAAUGGAUGGUCACGUAUUGCAUAAGCCAUAAGAUAUCAAGAAAGAGAGCGAGGCUAAGAAGUCAAGUUAAUCAAGUUGGGUGAAAUAAAUAGAUAAACAGGACUAUGUUUUUAAAGACGAAGGGAGUAUUUAUUUUCCACGAUAGAUGUCAGCAUCGGUAAUUGAUCGUAAUAAACAUAUGGAUUUUAGUCAUUGUCCUUUAAUCUAGAUUUCUAUGACUUAGCUGGUUGUAACUAACACGGUGCUUUAAUUAUAGCAUAGAAUUAUUUGAGUAGUUUGUGUUUGACAUAGUCAACAAACUGCAGCAGAAAACUGAAUAUAGUGUAACCUGGACUUUUCUAAGUGAAUUUGAGCAAGUUUUGUAUCCAACCUAUAAUUUUGUCUGCCUUUCUUCAUUCUUUGUAUCUUUUGCUCUGUAUUCCAAUCUAAAGAAAUGAGCUUAUCAAUUCGCAGCUUCGGUUCAUCAUUAUACUUCAUCCCAAUGACCUCUACUAUCUUUCAUAUCUUUAUUUUGCUGUUGUUUGUUGUCUCACAUGUACAAUCGUUGAGCUUUAGUUUCUCGAGUUUUAACCAAAACACACCAAAUAUUACCUUAAGGAACGAUACAACUCUUGUAAAUGGCGCUAUUCAGCUGACUGCCAAUAGAGCUGUUGGCGGUAACAGUCAAAGUGUAGGACGAGCAUCCUACAAUCAGGCUGUGCGCCUUUGGGAUAAAAGCACUAACAAGACAACAAACUUUACCACCCACUUUUCUUUUGAUAUCGCACAGAUAAUUAACAAUGAAAACUACUACGGUGAUGGACUCGCCUUUUUUCUAGCGCCGUUCAAUGUUUCAGCUGAUGCUCCAGGGGACUCAUCUGGUGGGUGUCUUGGUUUGAUAGGUGGUCAAUCUAGUCCUGGUCAAUCUUGCAAUGUUACGAGUACAUACCCGUUCGUUGCUGUCGAGUUUGAUAGCUUCCACAAUAGAUGGGAUCCAGGUUUUUCAGGGGCUUCGAGUAAUGAUCAUGUAGGAAUAAAUGUCAAUUCUGUAUAUUCAAAAGCAAAUUUUACAGUGACUGAAGGCCUGAAGAACAGGAGUACAGCCAAUGCAUGGAUAACUUAUGAUUCUUCUACCAGAAAUCUAAGUGUUUACUUAAGCUAUGAUGCUAAUCCUGUAUUUAAUGGAGAUUCUAACAUUUCAUAUGUCAUUGACCUGAGAUCAAUUCUCCCGGAAAGAGUCAGAGUUGGGUUUGCUUCUGCAACAGGAGCUAAUUACGAACUUCAUAACAUACUUUCUUGGGAUUUCAACUCAACCUUAGAAGAUGUCGAUAUUAGUGUUACGCCACCUCCACAAAAUAACACAAGCAAUCAACCAUCAACUAGGCCAAGCAAAAAAACAAGUAAAGCAGCAUUGGUUGGUGGCCUUGUAGGUGGUAUUAGUGUCAUCAUUAUUGGAUUAGGUGCAUUAGCAUUUAUGUGGAGGGGAAGGAGAUCCAGAGAAAAUAACGAUGACAUAAAUUUUGAUAUGGAUGAUGAUGAUUUUGAUCAGGAUACUGGGCCAAGGAGGUUUACAUACAGUGAACUUAUUCGUGCUACUAACAACUUCCCUGAGGAAGGGAAGCUAGGACAGGGAGGUUUUGGAGGUGUGUAUAGAGGUUAUCUGUCUGAUCUUAGCCGGGAUAUUGCAGUUAAGAAGAUAUCAAGGGGAUCUAAACAAGGGAAGAAGGAGUAUGUGUCAGAGGUGAAGGUUAUUAGCCGCCUGAGGCAUAAAAAUUUGGUUCAACUUCUUGGUUGGUGCCAUGAACGAGGAGACUUGCUUCUUGUUUAUGAAUUUAUGUCUAAUGGAAGUCUUGACACCCAUAUUUACGCCAACAAAAGAAAGAUGGUCUUACCUUGGACAGAGAGGUACAGAAUUGCCCAUGGCCUGGCAUCUGCCUUACUGUAUCUCCACGAAGAAUGGGAACAAUGUGUGUUGCACAGGGAUAUUAAGUCCAGCAAUGUCAUGCUUGAUUCUAAUUUCAAUGCUAAGCUUGGAGAUUUCGGGCUAGCUAGGCUUGUAGACCACAGUCUAGGAUCACAAACAACUGUAUUGGCCGGCACUUUAGGCUAUCUAGCCCCAGAGUGUGUUAUGACAGGAAAAUCCAGCAAAGAAUCUGAUGUCUACAGUUUUGGGGUGGUGGCCCUUGAAAUUGCUUGUGGAAGGCGGCCUGUUGAAUCCAAGGAAGAGCCUAGUAAGGUGAGUUUGAUAGAGUGGGUGUGGCAGCUCUAUGGAGAAGGCCGUCUUCUUGAUGCAGUCGAUGAAACACUCAAAGAAGGAGAUUGUGACAUUCAGGAAUUGGAAUGCUUGAUGAUCAUUGGGUUGUGGUGUUGCCAUCCUGAACACACUUUCCGUCCUUCCAUAAGACAGGUUAUAAAUGCUCUUAACAAGGAGUCUCCUUUGCCUAACUUGCCUACAAAGUUCCCAGUUCCCACCUAUUGCUCUUUGCCAACAAAUGUAGAACCUUUCUACAUCUCAAGCUCCUCUGGGUUAACAGGAAGCAGUGCUACUGGCACCACAAGCUCCUCAUCAGCUCACUCGGUUGUAUCUGGGACUACUCCUUUGCUGGUAGACAAUGCAAGAGUCUGAUUAGGUUUUUCUUCUUUUCUAGACUAUAUUUGUCUGAUGAAAAUUGCCCAUUUUAUAUUCUUUUUGGUUGUAAGUGAUUUCUUGGUGUUUUGUUUGUUAAAUUGUCACUUAGAUUGAUCGAAAACUUCAUUCUUUUUCUAGCAUCAGUACUGCCCUAAUAAUUUUUGCAGAGCUGUAGGAUUUUAUAUCAAUGUUUAGUGCAUUGUACACUAUAUUGCACAUUGUGUGUCUUUAGUUUCAUUCAAUUUGAGACAAUAGUUUGUUAAA